AAGUGGGAGUAGCAACGCUAUAAAACUUGUUGAUCGCCUUGUAGCAUUUCAUACCAAUACAGAUAGCGCGCGAGGAGAAUUUUAACCAACCAAUUUCAUCAGCCAAACCAUUAGGAUAAAUUAAGAAGCUAUCUGUCAUUUUAAAACUUUCUACAGAACAAAUCGUGCUCACGAAAAUCAGUUUUUUAGAAAUUAUUUUCAUUGAAAAAAAAUACAAAUGUGAUUUUAGACAGAUAAGUUUCUGGAUAAUUGAAAACAAAAGAAUUUUCUUAAACGGCAAUAUUGUAAAAAAAUUCUAUAAUUCUUAAGGCAGCUCAGUUCAGUUAAUUGAUUAAACGUUUGUUUUCUUAAAUUAAAUCAUUUAUUGACAAAGUUUUUUAGCAUAGAAAUCUCAUUAUUAAACUUAAAGUAUUUGGACGAGGACAAGGGAGCGGUAAACUUACAGGAGGACAAUUGCAGUUGCAACUCGCUAGGUGCGGAAUUAUCACAGAGGACUUUGGCGUUCAUUUGGGAAGCACCAAGUAACGGUCGAGAAAACAUCCGAAAAUAUGUCUCUUCUUUUACGACAACUGUGCGUUUGCUUCAUUGUUAUACUUGUGCUCAACUACUCAGAGGGUUUUUCUAUAGGAUAUGGAAAGGAAUCCGAUGAUCCGGAAGGAGUAUGGAAUGACGCACUCAUCGAGGACAAAAGAUCAUUAACGGACUAUAAUUAUGUGUUAUAUCCACAACCCAAAAGACGAAGACCUUCCUACAAACAGAGAAAUUUUGCUGCACCAAGGGGAAAACGGGUAGAUGAAGCGAUGAUGAAUACAUAUUUAGAGCCCCAAGGCCUGGCAAAAGAUUCGUCUCGACUGCGGAUUGGUAGAUCUAUGCCGCUAGAAACACAAUCGGUGCCAGAAGAAGACCAGAUACUUGACGAGGAAGACAAAAUAAAUCCAUAUAUUCGUAUGGAAAGAGCACAUGGAGAUAAGACUUUCUUGAGAAUUGGAAGGUCACCUUCAGAUUCAGGUUUUCUAAGAAUAGGAAGAGCACCAUUUCUCCGCAUCGGGAGAUCGCCUUUCCUCAGAAUUGGGAGAUCACCAUUUCUGCGCAUAGGGCGGUCACCAUUUCUACGCAUAGGGAGGUCACCGUUUCUCCGCAUUGGAAGGUCCCCUUUCCUUAGAUUAUUCCACGACAGGGAUACAGAUAAAAGAUCUAAUGAUCAGGGUUUUCUUCGCAUUGGACGCAAUUCUGACAAGCGAGGUUUCCUUCGUAUCGGACGACCUGAUAAGACCUUUCUCAGAAUUGGAAGAGCACCAACUGACCAGACAUUUUUAAGAAUCGGACGUUCAAAUGAAAUGACAAAUGAAGACCCCUUAGAAACGACGGAUGGUUCAAGUAAUGAAAAUUCUAUGACCGGUGUGGAAAUUGAUACUGGCGGCGACAUGGGAAAACGGGGACUCCGAAUAGGGAAACGUAUAAUAGGGGCCUUCAAUAAGGAAAACUCGAACGGCCUAACACCUGAAGAACUUCAACUACUCAUGGCAAAUAAAGACUUAUUAUUAGAAUACAUGGAAAGACAUCCGGAUAUAUUGGAUGGCAGUCAGGAAGAUGUAGAUGACGACGCAUAUUUUGCCUUUCCAAGACAAGGACGAGCAAUGAGUUUCUACUUCCCGCGAAUGGGGCGUUCAGGUGAAGAUAGUUCAAAGUCUGCCUACUGUUGUGAAGAGGGUGUUCGCAGAGUCUUUACAGUAGGAAAAGGAAGUAUAGAAAUUUGUGGAAAUGAGAAGACAUGCUGUCCAGGCUUUGUUGAACAAACGAAAGUUUACAAAGAUAUCGUUAUAACCGAAUGUGCCGAGGAAAGUGGCUUAGACAAAAUUAGAGCAUAUAUUGAUGACGAAUGAAGAAAGAGCAUCCAAAAUAUGAUGACGUCACUACUAGACCUGUGACGAUGACAUCAUUAUAAGAACUGUGACAAUUUUCUCUCUCGUCUGUUUGACACUAUGCAUGGCUCAUUCAAUAUAUUCAUAUCAUUUGAGAAUCUAGAAGCAGCUUACAAUAUUAAACAGUAAAGCAAUACUUAAAAGAAACAAAAUUGUUAUCAUUUCAUUUUUUUUCAGUAUUAAACUAAGUAUUCAUUUUCUAAAAACAAUUUUAAUAUAUCUGUCACUGUGCGAAUAUUCUGACUGAUCACAGAACGGUAAGACACUUGAAAACUUUUAAGGACUACAUUGAAUUUCGAUAAAUGUCUAUGUAAUAUUUUUAGACUUUCAUCAUUAAAAACAACAAUUACUAUUUAGAAGUUAUUAGAGUUAUUUUUCAUUAUCUUACCUGAUUAAAUUGAUGAGUGAGUGUUUAUUAUUUGCAUAUUAAAACAAAUUACGGCGAGCUGCAAUUAUUCUAAAACAUAGAGGUUAUAAUGGAAUUGAUUAUUGUGAUUUGUUUUUUUUUUUGUGUGUGAAUUUUGACGUUUAAGAGAAUAUAUUUACAAUUAAAGGAAUCAUUCAUUUCAACAAAAGUAUAAUAUUGAAACUCAAGUUUGUAAAAUUGUAUAAUAUUCAGUUUUCACAGUAACACUAAUAGUUAUUAAAUUAGAAAUGAGUGGAAACAACAGGAACGACCGUCAAAAUUAUUGUAUCUUUUGAAAUAAUACUUAAACAGUGGUUAACAAAUUCACAAUUAGCUACAACUCUUUCUUCUUUAGAGGAUUUAUUCAAAGUUGAAGGAAACAUUUUCCAUAUUUAUAUACAAAAUAAUACUUUGCAUAUAUUAAAAAGUCGGAUAUAUGUGUAUAAGACUCAGAUGACAAUUAUUACUUUCUCUUACAAAGGUCAAUUUCACAAACUAGCGAUAAAUUAAAUUUUUGUUACCUAGAACAUCAUCACAAAAAUAUAACCUGGGUCAUCUUUUUCCGACGUCAAGUGUGUCGAGAAACAUUUAAUUGCUUAUUUACUUCAUAAAGUGGUAUCGUAAUAUAAUUGUAUCACCCGAGUGUGGCUUAGAUUUCUCUUUCCGAUGUCAAAUCCUUAAUUAUUACUGGCUCACUUCAUAAACUAGUGUGGUAUGAGUUUGUAUCACCAAAGUGUGACUUACGUCUUUCUUUUUCGACUUCUUGUCUUUUUGAUUAAUGUCUAAAGUGAUAAUUACAUGAACUUGUAUCACCAACAAUAUGUAGAUAAUGUCAUUCUGUUCCGAUGUAGGGUUUUAUUACUUGCAAACUUUAUCAACUAGUUUGAUAAAGAAAUGCGUUUGUGUGUUUUGUGUCGUCAUGCAUUUUUUUGCUUUAGGAAUGAAAUCUGAUAUUGGUUAUAAAAUAAGUUUAUUUUAAAUUUGAAAGCUGUUGUUUUGAAAAGACAUAUUUUUCUUCAUGUGUUAAAUUAAUAAACAAGAGAACUGGAAAA